AUGGCCCUGGAGCAGGCGCUGCAGGCGGCGCGGCAGGGCGAGCUGGACGUGCUGAGGGCCCUGCACGCCGCCGGCCGCCUGCGGCCCUCGCUGCGGGACCCGCUGGACGCGCUGCCCGUGCACCACGCGGCCCGCGCCGGCAAGCUGCACUGCCUGCGCUUCCUGGUGGAGGAGGCCGCGCUGCCCGCCGCCGCCCGCGCGCGCAACGGCGCCACCCCGGCCCACGACGCCGCCGCCACCGGCCACCUCGCCUGCCUGCAGUGGCUGCUCUCGCAGGGCGGCUGCAGGGUGCAGGACAAAGACAAUUCCGGUGCCACAGUCCUGCACCUGGCCGCCCGCUUCGGCCACCCCGAGGUGGUGGACUGGCUGCUGCGUCACGGCGGUGGGGACCCCACCGCGGCCACGGACACCGGCGCCCUGCCCGUCCACUACGCCGCCGCCAAAGGAGACUUCCCCUCCCUGAGGCUCCUCAUCGAGCACCACCCCGAGGGAGUGAAUGCCCAAACCCAGAACGGUGCCACGCCCCUGUACCUGGCGUGCCAGGAGGGCCACUUGGAGGUGACGCAGUACCUGGUGCAGGAGUGCGGCGCCGACCCGCACACGAGCGCCCACGACGGCAUGACCCCGCUGCACGCGGCGGCGCAGAUGGGCCACAGCCCGGUCAUCGUGUGGCUGGUGAGCUGCACCGACGUGAGCCUGUCGGAGCAGGACCAGGACGGCGCCACGGCCAUGCACUUCGCGGCCAGCCGCGGCCACGCCAAGGUGCUCAGCUGGCUCCUGCUGCACGGCGGCGACAUCUCCGCCGACCUGUGGGGCGGGACCCCGCUGCACGACGCCGCGGAGAACGGGGAGCUGGAGUGCUGCCAGAUCCUGGUAGUGAACGGCGCGGAGCUGGACGUCCGCGACCGCGACGGCUACACGCCCGCUGACCUCUCCGACUACAACGGCCACAGCCACUGCACCCGCUACCUGCGCACCGUGGAGAACCUGAGCCUGGAGCACCGUGUGCUGUCCCGGGACCCCUCCGCCGAGCUGGAGGCCAAGCAGCCCGACUCAGGCAUGUCCUCACCCAACACCACCGCGUCGGUCCAGCCGCUGAACUUCGACCUCAGCUCGCCCACCAGCACCCUGUCCAACUACGACUCCUGCUCCUCCAGCCAGUCCAGUGUCAAGACCCGGCGCCCCCCGCGCGGGCUUCCCCGAGGCAGAGCUGCAGAGAUCCAGAGCUACAUGGACAUGCUGAGUCCGGAGCUGAACCUGGCCCAGGGCAAGAUGGAGAAGAACAGAGCACCACCGCCACCCAGCUUCCCGCCGCCGCCCCCUCCCCCGGGCACCCAGCUGCCCCCGCCCCCACCCGGCUACCCCGCCCCCCAGCCCCCGGCCGGGCUGCAGGCCGCGGACAUCUACAUGCAGACCAAGAGCAAGCUCCGCCACGUGGAGACCACGGGCUUCCGGAAGGAGCUGGGCUCCCGCGCCGGCCCCGGCCCCAGCCCCAGCCACAGCCACAACGGGCUGCGGAGGCAGGACUCGGGCCGCAAGCCGCGCGCCGUCAGCAAGCAGCCCAGCACGGGGGACUACUACCGCCAGCUGGGCCGCUGCCCCCGCGAGCCGCGCCCGGCCAUGGCGCACAGCGAGGAGGCGGCGCUGCUCCCUGGGAGCCACGUGCACAACGGCUGCGCGGCCGAGCCCACGCCGUCCAGGGAGCUGCCGCCGCCGCCGCCGCCGCCCCCGCCGCCGCCCCUGCCCGAGGGCCCGAGCUCGCCGCCGCCCGCUCCGCCCCUGCCCUUCGAGGGCGCCGGCCCCGGCUGCGGGCAGCGCCGCUCCUCCUCCUCCACCGGCAGCACCAAGUCUUUCAACAUGAUGACGCCGACCGGUGACAACGCCGAGCUGCUGGCUGAGAUCAAGGCUGGCAAGAGCCUGAAGCCCACGCCGCAGAGCAAGGGGCUGACCACCGUGUUCUCUGGCAGCGGGCAGCUGGCCUCCCAGCCGGACGCGCAGCUGCCGCCUGUGUCACCGGCACCGUCGCGGCCCCGGAGCCCCACCCUGCCAGCUGCAGGGCCCCAGCCGCUGCUCAACGGCAGCCUGGCGCCGGCGCCGCCCGCCACCCCCGCGCCCGGCGUGCAGCUCGACGUGGAGGCCCUCAUCCCCACGCACGACGAGCAGGGCCGGCCCAUCCCCGAGUGGAAGCGCCAGGUGAUGGUCCGCAAGAUGCAGCUGAAGAUGCAGGAGGAGGAGGAGCAGAGGCGGAAGGAGGAGGAAGAGGAGGCCCGGCUGGCCAACAUGCCUGCCUGGAGGCGGGACCUUCUCCGGAAGAAGCUCGAAGAGGAGAGAAAAGAGGAGGAGCGGCAGAAGCAGGAGGAGCUGCAGCGAGAGAAGGAGCAGUCGGAGAAGCUGCGGACGCUGGGCUACGACGAGACCAAGCUGGCGCCCUGGCAGCGACAGAUCAUCCUGAAGAAGGGGGACAUCGCUAAGUACUAG